AUGGAUGUUGUUCAAGGUCAAGCCAUGGGAUUUGAAAGUGAAUCCAACACAUGCAAACUCGACCUCCAAGUGGAUCCUCAGAGUUUCAUUGCUCGUAUUUCAGAUUAUCGCGACAACCACUUUGAUCUUAAAAAGGGAGUCUAUCUUGAAGUCAAACCUUCCAAUCCGUACGUGACUCCAGCCAUGGACUUUAACAAUCCACAAGUACAUCCCACUUUCGAAGUGGUCAAACCUCCUCCAAUUGUUGAAUUCGUUUCAGAUCCAGUUCUCUUCACUCGUGGCGAUGACUUUUGUCGUUUGAAUAACAAAUUGAAGGAAUAUUUGAAUUUCAUUUACGAUAAGGAACCUACUCGAAUGCUCGACAAGUUCUUCCUAGAUCACAAGGUAAAAUUCAAACCAAUUGCAGCUGGACCUGUUAGUCAAUCAUUACAAAUCACCUAUUCCUUUCCUUAUGUGCAAUCAUGGUAUGCCUUGACCAAUUUGUUCAAAUUUUUAGAUCAACGUGGAGCAGACACGACCACGAAAAUCCAAAAUAACAAUCAGAGACCCAAUCCAAGAUUUGCCACUCGAGGUACUCUACCAAUUCUCAAGAGUGUUAUUCAAUUUUUAGAUCAGGGUGAUGCUUCCUUUAAGAAAUUAUCUCCUCCAACCAAGUAUUUCUUGUUCCAAGUAUUUAAUUACUUCUUGGCUGGUAUGGAUGCCUCUUCCAAAUGUGAUUUACCAAAUUUUGCCAAAUCCGUUACUGGACACAUGUUAACAAGAUCCAAUAUGGUCGAUUUGGUAAAUUUCGGAAAUCAAAAUUCCAUCAAGAAUCAAUUGAAACUCGUGAAUAAUAAUCCAGCUCAGGCUGUUUUGGAUGGUUUCAAACGUUUUGCUCAAACUCUAGGACGUACUCCUUGCCAAGACGAUGCCAACAAUAAUAUUCUCUAUUUUGCUAAAAAGUAUGAUGCCGAUGCUCAAAAUCCAAAGAACUUUCCAUUCACUGCCAAUCACUACUUGACCGAGUUGUUGAAGGAUAAUAAUCCAGUGGAUUUAUUUGCAACUCAACAAAAUGCUCCUGAAUUUGAUCAUUCCUUUUCCAAGUUACCAUUGGUCUUGGGUGGUGUUGAAACAGUUGUAUUCGAAUUGAGAUCGUUGGAACAAUUUUUAUAUGAUCCCACUCAGCAAGAUUCGUUGAGAGAAUUUGCAACCUUAUUGCCAUCGUAUUUCAGUAUUGGUAAAUCAAUUCUUGCGAGCAAGUAUGAUACUCAACAGAUUGAUUUUGGAAUGAAGAUGUGUCAUAAUGGAAGAAUUGUGAAUUAUGAUGCCACCAUUUCGUUUGCAAAGAAUGGAGAUGGUACUGCUCAACAGGAACAAGUCUCUCAACAACAAAUUCAUCAGCAAAGAGAAGAGAAAAGAGCAAUUCUUAACGCUGCUGCUGACAUUAGAAAAGAAAGAAGGCAGGAACAAGCCAAUAAUAAUGUCAAAUCCUUAUAUUAUUACGAAGAAGAUGAUGAAGCAGCUCAAACUUUAGAAAAUGAAGAACAAAACAUCUCAUUGAUAAGAGAAGAGAGAAGAAAGGUUCGAGCACAAAAACGAUUGGACAGAGAGAAACGAAGAGAAAAAGAACAACAAACUCAUACUUCACAAGUUCCAACCGAAGCACAAGUAAGAAGAGAAUCAUUGAGACUGGCAAGAGAAAAGAAGAGAUUGGCUCGUGAAGAGGAACGUGAUGUAGCUGCUGGUGUAAAACCUGUAACUGAACAAGAUUUGAAACAAAUUAUUCAACAACAAGAAGAAAAGAAGAAACAAGAGCAACAACAAUCAUCCAUGAAACAUGUUGGAGGAAUCACUCAUCAAGUUGUCAAGAAUGGAAAUGGUGUCAAUGUGAACAUCAAAUUGAGAUUUUAUGAUUAA